GAGCGCAGAGCGGUUUGGUCGUUCGUUGGACUGUGUUGGUUUUUCGCUCGUCGACUGCGGCUCUUUCUCGGGCAGCGGAAGCGGCGCGGCGGUCGGAGAAGUGGCCUAAAACUUCGGCGUUGGGUGAGAGAAAAUGGCCCGAACCAAGCAGACUGCUCGUAAAUCCACCGGUGGGAAAGCCCCCCGCAAACAGCUGGCCACGAAAGCCGCCAGGAAAAGCGCUCCCUCUACCGGCGGGGUGAAGAAGCCUCAUCGCUACAGGCCCGGGACCGUGGCGCUUCGAGAGAUUCGUCGUUAUCAGAAGUCCACCGAGCUGCUCAUCCGGAAACUGCCCUUCCAGAGGUUGGUGAGGGAGAUCGCGCAGGAUUUCAAAACCGACCUGAGGUUUCAGAGCGCAGCCAUCGGUGCGCUGCAGGAGGCUAGCGAAGCGUACCUGGUGGGUCUGUUCGAAGAUACCAAUCUGUGUGCCAUCCACGCUAAGAGAGUCACCAUCAUGCCCAAAGACAUCCAGUUGGCUCGCCGGAUACGGGGGGAGAGAGCUUAAGUGAAGGCAGUUUUUAUGGCGUUUUGUAGUAAAUUCUGUAAAAUACUUUGGUUUAAUUUGUGACUUUUUUUGUAAGAAAUUGUUUAUAAUAUGUUGCAUUUGUACUUAAGUCAUUCCAUCUUUCACUCAGGAUGAAUGCGAAAAGUGACUGUUCACAGACCUCAGUGAUGUGAGCACUGUUGCUCAGGAGUGACAAGUUGCUAAUAUGCAGAAGGGAUGGGUGAUAUUUCUUGCUUCUCAUGAUGCAUGUUUCUGUAUGUUAAUGACUUGUUGGGUAGCUAUUAAGGUACUAGAGUUGAUAAAUGUGUACAGGGUCCUUUUGCAAUAAAACUGGUUAUGACUUGAUCCAAGUGUUUAACAAUUGGGGCUGUUAAGUCUGACCAUACAUCACUGUGAUAGAAUGUGGGCUUUUUCAAGGGUGAAGAUACAAGUCUUAACCACAGUGUAACUUACAGUUUCCUUUAAAAAAAAAAAAAAAAAAAAGUAAACCUGGCAGCUAUAGAAUACACUAUGUGCAUUUAUAAUAGCUAUUUUAUAUAUUGUAGUGUCAACAUUUUUAAAUUAAAUGUUUUACAUUCACAAGUGGUGGGGAGUCUUGUCAUUAAGGUGUGUGUAAUUUAGAGUCCAGUUGGUUUUCUUCUGACUGCACUUGUUCUCAUAGUAGUAAAAUGCUAUGCGCAUUUAGACCUUGCAUAAGUCCUCAUUCUACCACAUGUUAACCCUCUAGCUGAUAAUGCAAACACUAACUGGGGGAUUUUAUUUAUAAGGGCUCUAGAAAAAACGAGUUAUUCACACCAGCAUCAUCUUAACUAAUACUCUGAACUAGUUAGUGCAGCUUUUCAUUGUGUUGUGUGGUUGGUCUCAUAAGUAGGUUGAGUUUUUCUCCUUUGCUAAGAGGAAACAGUACCGAAGUUCUUUUUCUUGUGGCAUUUGUAUUAUUAAAAACUUGGUGUGGGGGAGGAGCACAAAACUCCAGCCCACUGAACCUCUGCCAAUUAAGAUGGUGUUGGGUUAGGUUACAUCUGGUUACUGUCCUGGGAAAAUCAUUUUUAUAGAGAUGGCCUUCCAAGUGGUUUUAAAAUUUACUGAAGUUUUUAGGUCGAUUAUGUAUGUUGACUAAAUUUACAAAUAAACUUGUUUAUCCAA